AUGUCCUGCUACGACCAGUGCCAGCCGUGCCAACCCUGCCGGCCCUGUGGCCCCACCCCACUGGCCAACAGCUGCAAUGAGCCCUGUGUCAGGCAGUGCCAGAACUCCACCGUCGUCAUUGAGCCCUCCCCCGUGGUGGUCACCCUGCCUGGCCCCAUCCUCAGCUCCUUCCCACAGAACACCGUUGUGGGAUCCUCCACCUCCGCUGCUGUUGGCAGCAUCCUCAGCUGUGAUGGAGUGCCCAUCAACUCUGGCUGCUGUGACCUUUCCUGCAUUUCCAGCCGCUACUGUGGCAGCAGAUGCCCCCCCUGCUAA